AUGGUCAUAGCAAAACCUGGUUUUGCACCAGUUAUACGCGGAUUUUACAAAAGCAUUUAUUAAACGCAUUUGAUUUUAAAGUAGAAGCUAUUGUAUACCAACCUCUUGUUGCGAGAAAUGAUUUACGAUCAGAUUAGUUUAGUUGAAGUACAACAUUUUUAUUGAAGUCUCCAGUUGUUCGCAUUUCUUCCUGCUUUUUUGAAAUAAAGCAACAUUUGGCCUGUUAAUUUGUUCAACGCAUGCAGAAUAAUUGACUUGAAUAUUUUUUCUGUUUGUAUUGGAAGUUUACUGGUGACUGGUGUUAAGAAGAUUAUUGUUGAAAUAAUGGAAUCGAUACCGGUAUAUGGUUGGCUAGUCGCAUUGGCAGCCGCCAUGGGUGGAUUUCUCUUUGGUUAUGAAAUGGGUGUCAUUGGGCAAGUGAUGGGCAUGAACAGCUUCGGUGUGGAAUUUGGCCUCCGACACGAAGAAGCGGUUAAUGUGACCCUCGAGGACGGCACCCUCCUCAACGGUACCGACGACCGUCCCGCGCUGCAGUACGAAAACGGCACACUAUGGGAAAACAUAAAUGGCUCUUACCUGGAAAUGACUAAUAUUUCCCUGCCGGAGACCCCGAACGCCCCGGACAUCAUGGGCUCUAUCCCUUUCACUUUCCUGGUCGGAUGCAUCGCCGGCGCCGCUUGCGCCUCCAUUCUGGCUGACUUCCUAGGUCGGCGCUAUUCCAUCUUCACCGGUUCUGUGUUUUACAUGGUAGGUGGAGCCAUGCAAACCGGCUCCAGUCACUUGGUUACGCUUUAUAUCGGCCGCGUGGUCUCUGGCAUUGGUGUCGGUCUGAUGAGCGCCGUGGUCCCGUUGUACAUCUCCGAGACAUCCAAGACAUCCAUCCGAGGGCGACUGAUCACAACCUUCCAGCUGAUGAUGGCCUUUGGUGUGUUGGUGGCAUGCUCGGUCAACGCAGCGAUUCUGACGGUACUCCGCGGAGAUUUGCAGUGGCGCCUGGCGUUGGGAAUGCAAAUGAUUCCCGCGGCGAUUCUUUGGCUGCUGAUCAUAAUCUUACCCUUUUCUCCACGUUGGUUAAUCGAUCACAACCGGGAUGACGAAGCGCUAAAGACGUUGGCUAAAUUGCGUAACAAGCGGCCAGAUAGUGAGAAGCUCUUGGCCGAAUUCGCUACCAUCAAAGAGAAUGUCAACUACGAGAAGAAAGUGGGUAACGCUACGUGGUUAGAACUGCUGCAGCCCGGCAUCCGUAAUCGCGUGGCCCUGGGUGUAACACUGCAGUUUUUUCAACAGUGGACCGGCUGCAACGUAAUGCUGUAUUAUGGCGGGAAAGUGUUCAGUGCCAUUGGGAUGCCGGUGAUUCAUGCCUUUAUUACCCUGAUAGUUCUCAAUGCCGGAGUUAAUUUCCUCUCAACCUUUUUUGCCAUGUGGUGGGUGGAACGGAUCGGGAGAAAAUUGCUGCUAAUUAUUGGCGGCUUCCUAAUGUGCCUUUGCCACGCCAUGAUCGCGACAUUUCUGGGAUUGUCGGUGCACGUAAAAGAGGAGCUCGUAUACGGCGCAUUAGUAUUCAUAUACUUGUACACCGUGACCUUUGCUGCCACCUGGGGUCCGGUGGUGUGGGUGUACCAGUCGGAGAUCUUCCCCAUGCGAGUGCGCGCUAAAGCCACUGCGUUGUGCACAAUGUCCAAUUGGACGUGGAAUGCCAUUAUUUCCAAAUUGACGCCUAUUAUGCUGGCGGAUAUCGCAUAUUAUACCAACGUGGUAUUUGCCUCGUUCUGUUUAGUAAUGGCAAUUUUUGUAUGGGUUUUCGUGCCGGAAACUAGGGAAAGAAGCUUGAGCGCAUGGAUGAAAUCUUCGGAUCCACCCCAGAAGAAGAAGAAACACCGGACAAUAAUCGCAACAAGAAGAUUCGCAACAUAAUGGCGGAAGAAGCCGACAAACUUAAAAACGAGCAGCUCGAUGAUUUGCAACCCGGCGCUUGAAGGUCGUGCGGUGGUGUAGCUUUUAGUAGUGUGAAUACUAAAUUUGUUAUUGAUCUCAGAAAUUAUAAUUCUUUGCUUACCUUGUUAGAAAAUACAGGACUUGCCUGAAUUAAAUACAAUUUUAUCGUU